AUGAUGAACCUCCCCUCACUCUAUGUACCAGGAAAAGUGGCUGCGAUCACCUUUGCUCCUCCGGUGGAUCAUGAUUCAUCCAUCAUCCAAGUAUUCGCCCUCUCCAUUCUUCACCGCAAUAUCUAUGAACCUUAUUAUUCCAAGCAUCGCUGCCAGAGUGAGAUCACGGUUGGCACGUGCCAGGCAGUGGUACUCGAUGAAGCUGAUGUGGCAACUACUAGUAGUUAUAGUAAUUGGACUAUGGAACCAGAAGCCAUCUGUAACCCUGCCUUCGAAACCCAGCUGAGCUUGCAGUCUGUGGUGUACUUGAGAGGGACUUUCUACUGCCUUUUCCAGGAUUUAGUGUUGGCGGGAUUUGAGGUUGCGACAAGACUCUGGCGCUGGCUCGUUCCUCGACCAGUAGAGCCUCGCACUCCUAGCUGGCGCUGGCCUUCUGGGGGCAUGUUCGAGGUCGAUGGAAAGCUUGUUGUCAAAGAUGGCAUCUAUCGCAACUGUGUAGUAUUCGAUUUCGAUACUGGAGGGUGGCGGCCUUCAACAUGA